AUGGCCAGGAUACUCGCGGUGCCGGAAUUGCUGGAGCUCAUCCUCUUACACCUUGACAUGAAGACACUUCUUGUGUCUGCAUCGCGGGUAUGUCGUCACUGGGCUGCGAUGAUAGGAGAAUCUCCCAGAAUACAGCAAGCGCUGUUCUUCCAACCCGUGUCCUCGGCAGGGGCCCGAAAACUGCAGAGUUUCACACUCAACCCGCUGCUGGUUGAGAAGUUUGGACGAUGCUUCUUCGAUGUCGACCGCAAGUACACGUAUCUUCGAAGAGCAGACUCGUUCCUUCGCUUACCUUGGGCUCCCGAAGGGGCGAUUAAAGCACAAGGAGAAGCGAGAAGCCUAUCUAUCCUGAAGAAGACGGAGCGGCUUGAGAACUUCACUAUGGGCACUUCCAGUUGGCGGCGGAUGCUUGUAUCUCAACCACCGCCUCCGACUAUGGGAUAUCUGAAAUCAGAGGGCUUCGACAUGUGGUUCCGCAAUGUCCGCACUGCUCUUAUCAAGCCCAAAUCCUCACGGGGCCUCUGCAUGGGCCAGUUAUACGACAUGGUUCACAGCACAACAUGCCAACCGGAGAACUACUCUAUGUGGUACCGGGUUAGCUGGGGUGAUGCGCGGGAGGCGCAUCAGACGCAGCUUUGCCGCGAACAGUGCGAGCUGCUCUUCGGCGCGACUAAUCUGGUGGUCGAGUUCUACAGUAUGGAUGGGGGGGAUUGGGACUGCGGACCGUGGAACAUAGACUGUGUGAGAGAAGUGUUUACGUGUGCCGAUAGCUGGGGUGGAAGAGUUGAGAGAGGGGAGGAGGAGGCUAAUUUGGAGGAGUUUGAGACCUUGGGGUUGGAUGUGCUUACAUCGAUUUGGUGGCACAAUGAGGAGGAUGAUUCAGCUGUAGAUGUUGAUGCGAAGGGAUAUGGGGUAUAG